CAACUCUCUGAAAAAUUAAAAAAGAAAAAAGAAAAAACAGAACAAAACAAACAGAAACCGCCGUUGGCUGUUAGUUACAACGUCGCUGUCAGGCCACGGUAGAAAAAACUAUUCAGUUAAUUCUCUAAAGAGCAUAGAAUUGAUCAUCAGAUCAAAAACCUAAACUCUUAAAUCCAUCCCGUUCUCUCCAAUGCCAAUCCUUCUUUUUCUUUCUCUCGCCGUUCAUGGUGCGCUAUUCAAACUUAUAUGGGCGGCGGAGACUCUCCAAAAUGCCCGCCGGACAAGGAGGAGGAAGCACUGUCUUCGUCUUCGAUGCCGGCGGUGGAGUCGGAACCUCUCUCCCAUGUUUCUCUCACCGAUGCUCCUAUUCUCUUGCUCGUCUAUUUCCACAAGGCUAUGCGCGAAGAGCUCUCAGAGUUAUACCGCCUUGCAGUUUUAGCUUCGGAAAGUUUACCUAAUGGACGCCAACUCAUUGUUGAGCUUCGUCGCCGAUUUGAUUUUUUUAAACAUGUACAGAAAUAUCACUCUGCUUUUGAAGACGAGGUUAUCUUUCUAGAAUUAGAUGCCCACAUUAAAAAUAUUGUAUAUACAUACUCGCUUGAACAUAACAGCAUAGAUGACAUCUUUGACUCCAUUUUUCAUUGCUUGAGUACACUGGAGGAGAACAAAGAUGGUGCUAAGACAUUUCAGGAACUUUUGUCAUGCAUUGGCACCAUGGACUCCUCUAUUUGCAAGCAUAUGCUUAAAGAAGAAGAGCAGGUUUUUCCUUUGCUUAUACAGCACUUCUCUCCCAAAGAACAGGCUUUGCUUGUGUGGCAGUUUUUCUGCAGCAUUCCUGUGAUCCUGCUGGUGGAAUUAUUGCCAUGGUUGACCUCUUUUCUUACACCAGAAAAACGACUAAAUGUUACCCGUUGUAUUGAAGGAGUUGUACCUCAGGAAAAAUCAUUGCAAGAGGUGGUAGUUUCUUGGCUUCAUAUGAAUGGUCAAUCUUCUUUGGGGGUUUUCAGCAAAAUUAGAAAAGAAGCUUCUGAUGGACCUGAAUGUUUAAAAAGCAUGCCACGAUUUUACUUCGCCGAGAAUUCUUUGAGAGAAAAGAGGCAGUGGAAGAAGUCAUAUUGUGUUCAAACCAAUGCCAGAAACAAUGUCAUUGACUGUCUCAAACUUUGGCAUCGCGCCAUUCAGACAGAUUUGAAAGAAAUACUGGAAGAGGCAUAUCUAACAAGAAACUCAAGAAGUUUUUCAGAUAUUGACUCAACGAUCGUUCGGCUGAAAUUUCUUGCCGAUGUCAUAAUCUUCUACAGCAAUGCAUUGAAGAAAUUCUUUUACCCCGUCUUAAAUGAACUUGCCAACAAGACUUGCUCCAGUGAACAGUUCUCCAUUGAAAGUCGUGUGGAAAGCAUACACCAGUUGCUGCAAAGCAAGGCUGAAAAUGGGUUUCCUUUCUGCAAAUUUGUGGAGAAGCUCUGCCAGGAACUUGAGUUUCUUGCGAUGGAUGUUAGCAAAAAAUUUUCCUUUCAAGAAACGGAGGUAUUACCCCUUAUCAGCAAGAAGUUUAGCAAUGAUACGCAGCAGCAGCUUUUGUAUAUGAGCCUUCAUCUGAUGCCGCUAGGACUUCUAAAGUGUGUAAUCCCUUGGUUUGCAGCUCAUUUGUCUGAGAAUGAAUUCAGUUCAUUUCUUCAUGGCAUAAACCUGGGAAAUAAUUUAACCAAUUCAUAUUUUGCAUCCCUCUUACUUGAAUGGUUCUGCACUGGUUACUCAGGUAAAACCUCGAUUGAGAAUUUUGGAAAGAACUUGCAGAAACUAUUUAAGAAUAGAUGUUCAUUUAUCCCUGAGCAAAUCAAAGAAGCUGUUGUAUGUUCAUCCUUACUUUCUAAUGUGCAACCUCUUCAAGAAUCCAAACCUAGUAAAAUGGAACCAGUCUUCUCUAACAAGGGCAAAAAUCUUUUAUCACAUUCUUCUUCAAGAUCCUGCAAAGCUGAGAUGUAUGAGGCAUCAUAUGCAAGUAACAUAAAUCUCCACAUAUUUUUCCCUGGAACUAAAAGAUUGUUGCACCCUAUUCCUAGAUUACCUGCUGGGGAGAGUUCUGCAACUUUUAUUACUAAUGAACCGAAGCCAAUGGACUUCAUCUUUUUCUUCCACAAGGCUCUCAAGAAAGAUUUGGAGUACCUGGUCUCUGGUUCAGCUCAAUUGGCCGAAAACAUCAGGUUUCUUGUAGAGUUCAGCCAGCAUUUCCAUCUCUUGUGGCUUCGUUAUCAGUUUCACAGUGAAACUGAGGAUGAAAUUGCCUUUCCUGCUCUUGAAGCAAAAGGAAAUGUCCAAAACAUUAGUUACUCGUACACCAUUGACCACAAGCUGGAAGUUAAACUUUUUAAUGAGAUUUCCCUCAUUUUGGAGAAGAUGUCUAAGUUGCACGUUUCACUUUCUACUGUUGAUUCAGGCAUGCUGGAUCAAACAGUGGCAAAAUAUAAUCAGCAAUGCAAGAAACUCCAUCUUACAUGCAAAUCAAUGCAUAAACUGCUUUCCGAUCACAUUCAUCAUGAAGAAAUUGAACUUUGGCCAUUAUUUAGAGAAUGCUUUUCUAUCGAGGAGCAAGAAAAGAUCAUAGGACUCAUGAUAGGGAAAGUUGGAGCAAAAUUUUUACAAGAUAUGAUACCAUGGUUGACUGGCUCUUUAACACCAGAAGAACAGCAUGUUCUGAUGUCCUUAUGGCGUAAAGUGACAAAGAACACAAAGUUUGAUGAAUGGUUAGGGGAAUGGUUGGAAGGCUAUGAUAUUGCUCACGUGUCAGAGGAGUCAAAUACUGUACGGGCUGCAGAUCCACUGGAGAUUAUCUCGAGUUAUCUGCCGAAAGAUGCUCUCAGAAAACAAGGUGACAAGGGCAUCGAGUUUUCGCAAAAGGAUUCUUCUGGUGCUAAUAUUGAUCUGUUUGGAAAGUGCAACUUAGAAGAUAAAGCAAAGGCUGCUAAUGAAGAUCAAAACAAUGAAUAUUCAGAAUGUGCAAAAUCUCUCAAUGAAGGUGAAAAGAAGAGAUUCAAUGAAGUAGCCAAUGAGCUUCUUAAGACAGACAUUCCAGGUGAACCUUUUCAACCAAGUCCAAACACUGGGCACCACGAGCACCUUUUGACCAUGAGCCAAGAUGACUUAGAAUCCGCUGUUAGAAGAGUCUCUCGUGACUCAUCCUUAGAUCCUCAGAAGAAGUCAUAUAUAAUCCAGAACCUGCUGAUGAGCCGUUGGAUUGUUAAACAACGGAUAUCUCAUACAAAAGAAACCAUCUCCAGUAAUGGGGAAGAUAUUCCGGGGCAGUAUCCAUCAUAUCGUGACCGUCUCAAAGUAAAUUUGGGUUGCAAGCACUAUAAGAGGAAUUGUAAACUUUUUACUGCCUGUUGCAACAAGCUUUACACAUGCAUACGUUGCCAUGAUGAGGAGGCUGAUCAUACGACAGACAGGAAAGGUAUUACAAAGAUGAUGUGCAUGAAAUGCUUGGCUAUUCAGCCAAUUGGGAAAGCAUGCUCAAGUCCUUCAUGCAACAAUUUAUCCAUGGCAAAAUAUUAUUGUAGCAUCUGCAAAUUGUUUGAUGAUGAUAGGGAAAUUUACCAUUGUCCUUACUGUAACCUCUGCCGAGUAGGGAAGGGGUUGGGAAUUGACUACUUUCAUUGCAUGAAUUGCAAUGCCUGCAUGUCCAAGUCUCUUUUGGUGCAUGUAUGCAGGGAGAAAUGUUUGGAAGGAAACUGCCCAAUUUGUCAUGAAUACAUCUUCACAUCCAGCAAUCCAGUAAAAGCCCUUCCUUGCGGUCACUUGAUGCACUCGACAUGUUUUCAGGAAUACACAUGCACUCACUAUAUAUGCCCAAUCUGUAGCAAAUCACUUGGAGACAUGCAGGUGUAUUUUAAGAUGUUGGAUGCAUUGUUGGCUGAAGAGAAAAUGCCAGAUGAAUAUUCUGGCAAAACUCAGGUCAUACUAUGUAAUGAUUGUGAGAAAAAAGGACCUGCUGCAUUCCAUUGGCAUUAUCAUAAAUGCCCAUUCUGUGACUCAUACAACACCAGGCUUCUAUGAUUCAUGCUCAAAGUGAGUGAAUAACUUCUUUUCUCCAGAAUUCAGAUACUAGAUGUUGGGGGAUGAGCCUGUUUAUUCGCUGUUUCAUCAAAUUGCUUGUGAAUAAUUAAGUUGUAGACAUUUAACACAAGUCUUUUGAAAAAUUUGAUACAUUUCUGAAAUGUCAAAAACACAAAGACAAUAUUGUUUCUAAACUAUCAUACUAAGAUGAUGCUUGUAA